AUGAAAAAUAAAUUAUGCUCUGUAGAAAAUCUUACACUAACAAGUGACAUUUGGUCAGAUCUACAAAGGCGAAGUUAUCUAGGUGUAACUGCUCAUUUUGGCAUCGGAAUUGAAUUUCAUGUUGUAACUUUAGGUGUUUACCACUUAGAUGAAAGGCAUACUUCCGAAUACAUUGCACAAACGCUCACUAAAACAUGUGAAGAGUGGGGAUUUAAUACUGAUAAGGUCACAGCAGUAGUAACAGAUAAUGCUGCAAAUAUGGUAAAGGCUGUCGAAAUAGCAUUUGGGAAAAAAAAGCAUAUACCUUGUUUUGCGCAUACACUUAAUUUAGUAACUCAACAUAUUUUGGCUAUUCCAGAACUACAGGAAAUAUUACCAAAAGCAAAAAAAAGUCCCUCCACUCCAUCGCUUGGAGCUUUCCCGACGUCAUGGAUAAUCCUGCGUUAG